GACGCACCGUGCCGUCGUGUGUUUACAUUCAGUUUGUAUGGUGUGCAACGAGCAUCUGCUUACGUUCCGGAACAUUAUCCGAGAAAUUAGCGGACAUCGCAUGCCGCUUCGAACACAAAUUGAGUUCAAUACCGCUCGGAACUUAAUCGCGUUGCUUCCCCGGCUACCGGAUUUGAUUUUUCAUCCAAUUUACUGCCACUAGUGUUCCUCAAAACAAUUGGUAAGCAUGGAGCGGAAUCACCACGAAGAUCAGUGUAACGAAAUUGAGGCGCUCGAUUCGAUCUACUGUGGGGAGCUGGAGGUCCUGGCAACGGAACCGUUGCAUCGGUUUAAACUUCCGAUUGCAACCACGGAGUACGACCAGGAAGUGGAAACGGAAGGACUGUCGUGUAAACUCGUGUUCAGCUACACAGAAAAAUACCCGGACACAGCACCACUGGUAGAGAUUGAAGAUCCGGAAAACUUUCGUGAUGGGUACGAGGAAGGACUUCUAGAGCAUGUUCAGCAAACGAUUCAAGAAAACAUCGGAAUCGAGAUGAUUUUCUCGUUGGUAAGUUCGGCACAGGAAUGGCUGAAUUGCAAAUAUGACGAGCUGAAGAAUGAGGCCGAAAACGAGAAAGAGGAAGCGAAGCGACUUCUGGAGGAAGAGGAAAGGAAAAAGUUUGAAGGCACUCGCGUUACGGUGGAGUCGUUUAUGGUGUGGAAAACGGGUUUCGAACGCGACAUGGGUAUCACCGAGCGGAAGGAAAAGAUUCUGGGCGAAACAAGAAAGCUCACCGGCAAAGAGCUGUUCCUACUGGAUAAUACCCUGAACGAGUCCGAUCUGAAGUUCCUCAUGGAUGCAGGGGAACCGAUUGAAAGCGUGCGAAUCGAUGAAUCGCUGUUUCAGAACAUUGAAGACCUGGAACUGGACUCGGACGAUGACGAUGAUGAAGAUUAUGUGCCCAACGAAAAGUAAAGUGUGAGUCGAGCUGUUUGAUCGUUAUUUGAAUGUUUUUAAAUAUUUACUUGCUUAGAAUUUCUUUCGAACGAGAGAAACCUUAUUGCGCGUGAAUAAGGAACAAUUUAAGUCGGAAA